GGACAAGGCAAGGUUUUAUAAGUCCGGUGAACGCAGCUAAAAUGCGGUUGGCGCGGUAAAAAUAGGGCAGUGCAAAAGUGCUGGUGUGCGAGUACGGAUUAAGUACUUUUCGACUGCAUCAACUCGUUCACACAAGAGACAGUUUUUUAAGUGCAAGAUGGGAGUGACACGGACUCUCGCAUCAGGGUUGGCCCUGAUGGUCCUACUGCUGGACCUGAGCGAAGCGAUCAGGGUGGCCGGGAAGAAAAAAGUUACUGACCAAGCCACGUCUGCCUCUUCCUCGUGGUGGCAACAAGACACGGGCGGUAUAGACACGUCAGAUUUUUUCUCAACGCAGCACCAGGUCUUACAGACCCACCCGCCUUUAGGCGUUGGUGGUGGACCCAGUAAAAUAAGAGGGCCCACAAAACCUAGCUUUGCCAGUGACUACCAUGCCAAACAUUUGGAUUAUAGGACGUCUGCGACUGAAGAGUUGAGAAAAAAUCCGAACUUGUCGAGUCCAGAGGAGUGCGCUAGGGCUUGCAGAGAGGGGGAACCACCCAGGAUUUGUUAUUAUCAUUUUACUUUGGAGUUCUAUACUGUGCUUGGAGCAGCUUGCCAAGUCUGCACACCAAACGCAACAAAUACAGUGUGGUCGAAUUGUCAGUGCGUUUUGGCCGAUGGUGUUGAAAGAGGAAUCCUGACUGCCAACAGAAUGUUGCCCGGUCCUAGCAUCCAAGUGUGCGAAGGCGAUAAAGUAGUAAUCGAUGUGGAAAAUCACAUGGAAGGCAUGGAAUCCACCAUCCACUGGCACGGAAUCCACCAAAGAGGUACCCAGUACUAUGAUGGCGUUCCCUUUGUGACACAAUGUCCCAUCCAACAAGGAAAUACCUUCAGAUACCAAUGGGUCGGUAACGCUGGUACCCACUUUUGGCAUGCCCACACAGGUCUACAAAAAAUGGAUGGUCUAUAUGGAAGUAUUGUAGUCAGACAACCACCUUCAAAGGAUCCCAACAGCAAUUUGUAUGAUUUUGAUUUGACAACUCAUGUAAUGCUUCUAUCCGAUUGGAUGCACGAAGACGCUGCUGAAAGGUUCCCUGGACGUCUGGCCGUGAACACCGGUCAAGAUCCUGAGAGUUUACUGAUCAACGGAAAGGGUCAGUUCAGAGACCCCAACACAGGUUUCAUGACCAAUACUCCUUUGGAAGUUUUCACAAUGACCCCAGGAAACAGAUACAGAUUUAGGAUGAUAAGUUCUUUCGCCUCGGUGUGCCCUGCCCAAUUGACUAUUCAAGGUCACGAUUUGACAUUAAUAGCCACCGACGGCGAACCAGUCCAUCCCGUCAAAGUAAACACAAUCAUUUCUUUCUCCGGUGAAAGAUACGAUUUUGUCAUAAACGCCAACCAACCUCCAGGCGCAUAUUGGAUUCAAUUAAGAGCUUUAGGGGAAUGUGGUAUAAACAGAGUCCAGCAGUUGGCUAUACUGAGAUACGCUAGAGGCCCAUACCAACCUUCAUCACCACCACCGACAUACGACUUCGGUAUCCCUCAGGGAGUGGUUUUAAAUCCACUUGAUGCAAGAUGUAACGAAAGAAGAACUGAUGCAAUUUGCGUCAACCAAUUGAAAAAUGCCAAGGAAAUUGAUGAGGGAAUUUUGAGGGAAAAGCCCGACUUAAAGAUUUUCUUACCUUUCCGUUUCCACGUGUAUACUCCUGAGGAUCUUUUCAAUCCCAACAGUUACAACAGACAUUUAGUUGCUCCAAAUGGCGACCAUGUUAUCAGUUUGAUCGAUGAAAUAUCUUAUAUAUCUGCACCAGCACCAUUGACUUCUCAAUACGAUGACAUCAACCCAGAACAGUUCUGUAAUGGUGAUAACAGACCACCAAAUUGUGGUGAAAAUUGUAUGUGUACUCACAAAGUUGAUAUACCUUUGAAUGCUGUCGUGGAAGUUGUACUGGUUGAUGAAGUUCAACAACCAAACUUGAGUCAUCCCUUCCAUCUCCACGGUUACUCCUUCAACGUAAUUGGUAUAGGCCGUUCCCCGGACCGUAACGUGAAAAAAAUCAACUUGAAACACGCCUUGGACCUCGACAGAAAGGGUCUCUUGCACAGACAAUACAACUUACCGCCCGGCAAAGACACAAUCGCUGUGCCAAACAACGGUUACGUGGUACUGAGGUUUAGAGCCGACAAUCCAGGUUUCUGGUUGUUCCACUGUCACUUCCUCUUCCACAUCGUCAUCGGAAUGAAUUUGGUUCUUCAAGUCGGUAAUCACGGUGAUCUGCCGCCAGUACCACCAAGUUUCCCGACCUGCGGUAACCACAGGCCCGAGAUCGGGUUGAAUAUCGAUAACUAUUACGACAAGUUAUAAGUUUGAGUUAUUAGUUUCGUUGCUUUCAAAGUAUUUGGGGAUGAUGAUAGUGUGUAAAUUGUACAAAUAUUAAUUAGAGCGCUAGUCAAAUAAUGCCUCCUAAUAAUAUCUUAGAUAGCUUAAACAGUUUUGGUAGAACAUAGUAAAACAAUCCAGUGUAAAGUCAUUUGAUAAAAACUUAAUUGACACAAAACAUGGAUGUUUACAUUUUUAUAAGGGGUCGUCCAUAAAGUACAUGGAUUUCAGACCCCCCUAUAUCACACGUAUUUAUUAUUAUAUCACACGAUGUCACAGUCUUGAGCCCCUUUCUCCCUAAAAGUGUAACGUACUUUAUGAACAAUCCCUUAUUUAUAGUUUUAAAAUUUGAAAAUUGGUAAAGGCAAAACCAUCCUAAAAUUUCUCAAGUAAUUCGUUUGACUUCAAUAAAUAACAUUUUUUAAAAAGGAUUCUAUUUUUAUAACUAAAAUAUUGACUUUAAAAACUGGCGUUUAUUUACUUCGUAGUAGUUAAACUGUUUAAACUUCUUAAAUUAAAAUUUCCUAAACAAUUAAAAUACUUUUGACGUUUUUUAUGCAUAGUUAAUGAAAAUUAAAGUUAUCUAAUAAUCAUUGUGUACAUUGUCUACUCUCUAAAAAUUAAUUAGUCAAAAAUGACUAGUUACUAUAGUUUUUAGUGACUGCUUUUUCACUAAUACCAUGGUUAAUCAUGGAAUACCAUGGUAUCCCCGACAUUUAACACCCAAUUCUUACGUAAAAUUGUCCCCUGAAUCCGAAAAUACCGUCAAAAAUUAUUAAAGUAGUGCAGUUU